AUGCAGCCUCUGCUUGUAUCGGCUGGCUACGAUCAGACGGUACGAUUUUGGGAUCUUUCAAAUGGUUGUAAUGUUGAAACAUUUGUUCAUGCAGAUUCACAAAUAAAUUCCAUGGCAAUUUCACCGAGUGGUCAUCAUUUAGCUGUUGGUGGUUAUCAUCAUAUACGACUCUAUGAUAUACGUACAUUUCCACCACCGAUCGCGAGUAAUUGUGAAACGGUUCCGAAGAAUGUAACAGUCACUGCUUUCGAUGAAACAGGUCAAUUUUUAUUCACGGGUGGUGAAGAUUUUCGAGUGAAAGUUUGGGAUCAUCGAAAUAAUAUGCAAUGCAAAUUCAUUUUUCAAGUAAAUGCAGCAGUCACUUCGCUAACGCUUCAUCCAAGUCAGCUGAUUAUGUUUGUUGCUGACGUAUCCGGAUUUCUCUACGUUUGGGAUAUGCGAAAAGUGAGUGAAGUGUUGACGGGAAUUGAUCUGGAAUUGGGGGAAUAUUUGACGCAUAUUGAGAUAAAUGGCGAAACAUUUAUUGGUGUAACGAAUAAAGGCAAGCUUGUACUUUGUUCUGUGAAUAACAUCCAUAUUGAACCAAUUGAAAAGACAGUGGUUGUAUCCCUAAUAAAAAUCAAUUUACUUAACAAAAAGUCUAUUUAUCCAAGAUAUGGCCUUAAAUGUCAUUUUAAAAAAGGAGACGGAAGAUAUUUUGCAACAACGAGCGACAAUGGUAUAGUAUAUCACUGGGACUCGCAAAAUUUGGCUCAGCCUGUUUCCAUCCUUGACAUUGCUUCCGAAGUCGCAAAAACAGCGCCAACAACUGGAAAGAUGGAAGCGAUAUGGACUUGGGAUUGUGCAUAUAUAGGAGGUAAUCAGUUAAUUACGGCGUCUGGAACUCAACUAAGGUUGUGGGAUCUUGAUACGCAAAAGGUUCUGCGCAAUUACCGAGGUCAUAGUAAAACGAUAACAGCGAUGGCUUUUAAGACAUUUUAA